AUGUCAGGAUUGGAAUUAACCGUAUGUUUUUCAAGCCAAUUUUAUGCGGACCCAAAGCUUAUGGCCUUUUUAAAAUAAUGUGUAACCCUUUUAGAAUCCGCGCUUCAAAGAUGGCAGAGUCCUCACUCGCGAGCAGCUCGAGUUCUACGAUAAAAACGGCUUUAUUUUAAUCAAAAACUGCGUCCCGCAAGCCGAUCUGAAACGGUUCAAGUAAGCAGAUUUGAGAAGAAUUGUAUGCCUAAAAUUUGCAUUUUAUAGUAAGCGUUUCCUGGAGAUCUCUGAGGGAAAGAACGUCCAUCCCCAAAUCACUGUCAUGAAAGGAGAUUGGAAGGACAAGGGUAACAUUGAAUUUGUCGUCGAAAAGCUUCAGGAUUUCAACGUUGACCCGGUCUUGUUUGAUUAUUGCAAGCACCCACAUGUAAGUUUACAAGCGAACUUGACAUUGUGAUUCUGAGCCGUUUAAAAUGGACAAUAUUUUAGGUGGUGGAAGUGGUCGAAGAUUUGAUUGGCGGAGAUAAUGACAGGAUCAUGGCAAUGCAUACGAUGCUGAUCAACAAGCCACCAGACACCGGCUCGCUGAAGUCUCGUCACCCAAUGCACCAAGACCAGCUGUAUUUCCCAUUCGGUCCAGAAAACUUUAUCUGCUGUGGCUGGACAGCCAUGGAGAAGGUCACCAAAGAAAAUGGAUGCCUAGUUGUGGUCCCAGGAACCCACAAAACGACCGGAAAACUGCUUCCCCACAAAUAUCCGGAUUGGGAGGGCGGUGUGAACAAAGCCUACUACGGCGUGCACGACUACGAUCCAAGUCAGGCUCGAGUUCAUGUAGAAAUGGAGGCGGGAGAUACGGUCUUCUUCCAUCCCCUUCUUUUGCACGGCUCUGGCGCGAAUCGAUCGCAGGGAAGUAGGAGAGCGAUUUCUUGCCAUUAUGCGAACGGUUCGAGAUGCCAUUACUUUGAUGUAGCCGGCACUCCUGCCGAAGAGCUGGCCAAAGAGGUUGUUGACAUGAAUAAGAAGCGCGCCAAGCGAAUGGGACUCGAAUCAAAUCUGACCUUUAUUGCAAGUUUUUCCCUUCGCCUUUUAAAACAUGAAUUUUUUUUGCUAAGAUCAUCAACUUUUUUCAGGAUAUCUGGAAGAACUCAGGCCGAUGCGUCAACGGUCAACGCGCGCACCUCUAG